UGAUCAGGUUCCGAGUCCAAAGGAAAUUGUAUUGGCAAAAUGAAAACUGAAGUGAUUUCUGAUGCAGAUGAGUGGAGCCACUUUGUUCAAUCUCUCCCUUCUAACGUCCGACAUGUGGGCAGUGCUCAUCCGCAUCUUCUUUUACCGUCAACAGGUGGAUUGGUUAUACUUUCUAGCAUUUGGUGUCGUUGCCAUUGGGCUGAUUAUCUAUUCAGUAAACGAGGCUGGGAUAGAAGGUGCAAAAGAUGAUGAAGGUGAAGAAGCAGCCGUCCAAUACGAACAACUCACUGAAGAAAAUUCAACAACACCGCUAUUGUGAGCAGUGGAAAACUAUAUCAACUCUAUCCAUACGGCAAUUCGAUAUCAUAUGUGAUGUAACAAGUUCAUCCAAGAAGCUAAUUAAAAAUUGUUGAUGAAAAUUCAGAUAUGCGCAAUUUAUUAGAAACUAAAUCGAAAAAG